AUGUCCCAAAUAGAAUCGGUACCAACUAAACCUUACCAGGACCAGAAACCAGGUACCUCAGGUCUAAGAAAGAAGACUAAGGUCUUUGAAGAUCAACCCAAUUAUGUCGAGAAUUUCAUCCAAUCUGUGAUGGAAGCUAUCCCUGAAGGCGCCAAGGGUGCUGUUCUUGUUGUCGGUGGUGAUGGGCGUUAUUAUAACGACGUUAUUCUGCAAAAAAUUGCUGCCAUUGGCGCUGCAAACGGCGUCAAAAAGUUGGUUAUUGGCCAAAACGGUCUACUAUCUACACCAGCUGCUUCUCACAUCAUGAGAACAUAUAAGGAGAAGUGUACAGGUGGUAUCAUAUUGACCGCUUCCCAUAAUCCAGGUGGUCCUGAAAAUGAUAUGGGCAUAAAAUACAAUUUAUCAAAUGGUGGCCCGGCACCAGAACCAGUUACCAAUAAGAUCUGGGAGAUUUCAAAGAAGCUGACUCAUUACAAGAUUGUGAAGGAUUUCCCAGAACUUGAUCUGACCAAACUAGUUGAAAAUAAAAAAUAUGGCCCACUUUUGGUAGAUGUUAUUGACACUACUGAUGCUUAUAUCCAACUACUAAAAGAGAUUUUUGAUUUUGAAUUGAUUCAUAAAUUUAUAGCAAAGCAACGUAAAGAGAAAGGAUGGAAGUUGCUGGUCGACUCCAUGAACGGUGUAACAGGUCCAUAUGCGAAGGCAAUUUUCGUUGAUGAGUUUGGUCUUGACUCUAAGGAAGUCCUUCAGAACUGGCACCCUCAGCCAGAUUUCGGCGGCCUACAUCCUGAUCCUAACUUGACAUAUGCACAUACUUUGGUCGAGAGAGUGAAUAAGGAGAAGAUUGAAUUUGGUGCUGCUUCUGAUGGUGAUGGGGAUAGAAAUAUGAUAUACGGUUACGGUCCAGCUUUUGUCUCUCCUGGUGACUCUGUUGCUAUCAUCGCAGAAUAUGCUAAUGAAAUUCCAUAUUUCAAGAAGCAAGGUAUUUACGGUCUUGCUCGUUCUUUCCCUACUGCUAGCGCAAUUGACCGGGUUGCUAAAAAGCACGGUUUGAACUGCUAUGAAGUUCCUACUGGUUGGAAAUUCUUCUGUGCUCUGUUUGACGCCAAGAAACUUUCCAUCUGUGGUGAGGAGUCCUUCGGUACAGGCUCAAAUCACGUUAGAGAAAAGGAUGGUAUUUGGGCUAUUAUGGCGUGGUUGAACAUUCUUGCCAUCUUUAAUCAACGUCACCCAGACAAGGAAGCCUCUAUCAAGACUAUUCAAAAUGAGUUCUGGGAUACAUAUGGGCGUACCUUUUUCACUCGUUAUGACUAUGAAAAAGUUGAGACAGAUAAGGCUAAUAAGGUCAUUGAAAACCUAAGGCAAUACGUUGCAGACUCUGGUACAAAGGGCUCCAAAUUUCCAACUGAUUCUGCAUUGACGGUAGUAGAUGCAGGUGACUUUUCUUACACUGAUCUGGAUGGUACGAUCUCUUCUCAUCAAGGUUUGUAUGUGAUACUGUCCAAUGGUGCCAGGUUCGUCGUAAGACUGUCCGGGACAGGAUCAUCCGGAGCAACCAUCAGACUUUACAUUGAACGCUAUACUGAUGAUAAGAGCAAAUAUUCGCUUGACGCACAGGAAUACUUGAAACCAAUUAUCAAGUCAAUUGUUCAGUUCUUAGACCUCAAGACCAUUUUGGGAACUGAAGAGCCAACCGUGCGUACCUAG